AUAAAUCAUGUUUUUUGGCUUGCUAGUAUAAAUCUGCACACUACGUAUCGUCUCUCGUGUUUUUCCUGCCUUGUAUCCUAAUUUACACAAACCAGGAUGGCAGCGGUUAAGCAGUCAAAAGAAAAGGAUCCUGCGGAUAUUGUUAAUCAGAACGCAAUUCACAUCGAGACCAUAAAGAAAGAGAAUAGGAGCCAAAAAGUGUACACGCUAUUUAGCAUCAACCCGUACAAAAGACUGCACAUUUUGACUGACAAGCCUAUGGCCGGCAACAAGACCCACGACAAAGUGGAGGAGGACCCUGCUUUCCUAAAGGCCAUCCACGGGGCUUGUUUGGAGCCAACUAAGAAAUACACUCACCCCCAAACUGAGAGCCAGGAGAUAGGCUGGAUAUCCAGACCUCUGAUUGUUUCAGAUCGCAGCGAUAGAAGACUGAACUGGUCACGGCAGAACUCUGAGAUCACCAAGUACAUGGAUGCAGCAUGGCGUCUGAAAGAACAGACACAGGACCUGGGUUAGAUCUACAGCCUACAAGCUGCCUACAAGACUUACUUAGGAUAACCUGGUUCAUUGGUCGCUUUACUGGAUAAAAAUGUAGUGGAAGCAUGGCUAUGAAGAAUAUUGCUUUACUGUCUGAUGGAAACAAUGUAACUGGUUGCAGACUUGCAGAUAGACCUACUGUAUAAUUAAGCAAUAAGGCCAAUAUACCACCAACCCUUAGCUGAGGUGCCUUAAUGCUAUUAUAAACUGGUUACCAACUUAUAUGAUAUACCACAGCUGUCAGCCAAUCAGAAUUCUGGGCUCGAACCACCCAGUUUAUAAACAAUAAACACCAUAAAAGAAAGAAACAUGAAGCAGCACACUAAUUAUUUAAAGGAAAACAUGCAGGUGUAGCCUGGUCCCAGAUCUGUUUGUGCUCUUGCCAUCUCCAUUGCAGUCAUUGUCAAGCAAAACAUAACACGGCGUAGGUAUAAUAGCACAAACAGACUGGCACUCAGGCUAGAGAAUGAGUUAUUCUUGCCCAAAAUGUGCCAACUAUUGCCAUACCGGCGACAAAUGAAGAGAAGCUAUUUGCAGAAGAAACAUAUUAAUAAUAUUGAUACAAGGAAAAGGCCCGACAUGACAGCUGUUCAAUAUUAUAAAAUGACAU